AUGGCGAGUGAGGAAUUCAGGCUUGUGUCACCGACGAUAGACAACGAAGGGAAGCUACCGAGAAAAUAUACAAAGGGAGGUCAAGGUGUGAAGAAGAACAUCUCUCCACCUCUUGAAUGGUAUAAUGUACCAGAAGGUACGAAAUCGCUAGCGUUAGUGGUGGAGGACAUAGAUGCACCGGAUCCUAGUGGACCGCUUGUGCCUUGGACGGUGUGGGUGGUCGUGGAUAUACCGCCGGAGAUUAAAGGUUUGCCGGAAGGAUUUUCCGGCAAGGAGGACGAGAUAGCCGGUAUUCGAGAAGGGAAUAACGAUCACAAGAUUCCGGGAUGGCGUGGACCUCUCAUGCCUAGUCACGGUCAUCGUUUCCAGUUCAAGCUCUUUGCUCUUGACGAUAAACCUAGUCUUGGUCACACGGUUACGAAAGAGAGAUUGCUGGACGCAAUUGAAGGGCACGUGGUUGGAGAAGCGAUCUUUACAUGCGUGGCCUAA